AUGGAUAUGUUGUUGCCACACUAUCUUCUUGCAUCUUCAGCAUUGCCUACAACCACCGCUACUGCCACCGCCAACGAUGAAAUUGCUCUACUUGCCUUAAAAGACCAUAUUACCCUUGACCCACAUGCAGCCUUGGCCAAAAACUGGACCAAUGAGUCCUCCAUUUGCAACUGGAUUGGGGUAACUUGCACCUCUCGGUCUCAACUCCCAAGAGUCACUGCCCUGAAUCUCUCUCACAAGGACCUAGAAGGGACACUUCCUACCCAUCUAGCAAACCUCUCCUCCCUCAUUUUGCUAGAUAUUAGCAACAAUAGUUUCCAUGGCCAACUUCCACAAGAGUUGGCUCAUUUGCAGAGACUAAAAACAUUAAAUUUGCAAUUUAACUUCUUCACCGGCGGAGUUUUGCCAUGGUUGGGAGGUUUGCCUGAGCUACAACAUUUGCUACUUGCAGGCAACAAUUUUACAGGUACAAUAUCAGAGAAAAGAGAAGUUUUUCAAAUUUUCAUUUGUCUUCUUUUUUUUUAUUUGCGGAAACAAGCCUCUGUGCGAUAA